AUGUUCUCUCCCGAGGCGUCUACCCAGAGCGUGCGCAAUUCGCAACGAAACCCCCGCCGGCGCCCGCGCAACUCGACUGAGCCGCAGCAGCAGCAGCCCCGACGGAAGCGCAGCAAGUUGGGCGAUGAGACUUUCGUGUCCGUGGGAGACGAAUCGUUCGACGAGAAUGGAAAUGGCAGCAUAAGCUUGAACGGCCAUGUUGGCUACGGUAGUGCCGAUUCGAGCUUGGUGCUGUUGGACAUGCCGGUUCGCGAAAAGAAGGGCGCUGUGAAGCGCGUGUUCAAAGAAGACAUUGCGCUAUAUCUGAACAGGUGCGAGAACUACAGUGUCAAGAGGUUGCCUAGCUUCCCAUCGGCCCUCGCUGGCGGGUCUACACCGUUCCGCGCCUCAGCCCUACCUGUUGUGAGCCUCGCCCUCGCGUUGACCUCCGACCAAGCCCUCGUAUGGGACUACACCGGUGCAACCGGCGUCUCCAAGAUCCUCGCUCUUCCUCUACCACCUGCUCUGAAAAAUGCCGACCCUCUUCCACUCGGGCAAAUCGUACGGAAUGGACCGACGAACGACUUCGGUGUGGUGGCUGUCGCGCCCUCGACCGGAAAAAUCGUGUUUUGGGAGAACAUUGACAGCGCUGAGACCCGCAGCCUCUUUACCCAGCGCAAGCAAGGUGUAGAGGGUGUGCUGAAGCUCUACUCUGGGGAACGUAUCGCAAAUAUAGUGGACGUGGAUCAUGCGGGCUACAUACUGGUCUUGAGCAGCGGCAGACUCGCACAGCUCACGCUAAGGGAUGCGCAAGGUCGACCGAGCAUCACCACUCAUGUUCUCAACAGCCCCAACGGAUCCUCCGGCAGCUUAUUCAGUCUUAAAGGUCUUCUCGGCGGCGCUAUUCGCAAGACGAUCGCGUCAGUAAAAGCACACCCAUCCGAAUCCAAGGGCCAAAUGGAAGUCGUUGCCGCGACCCGAAAUGGGGUGUUUCAACUGUGGGAUCUGACUUGGGCCGGGCAGCAGAUAUUCAAGCGCGAGAUCGACGCGCGAGAGAAGAUACUAGCCACGUUACAGCAAGGAAGCGCGCCGGAAAUGCGCGGGCAACAAGACGUUCAAGUACUGGAUUUUGCGAUCCGAGGUCGUUCCCGGGACUCUGCUGUGACCGAUGUGCUUGUCCUUGUGGCUCUUUCCGGACGAAAUAUGCUGGACCAUUUCCUCUUAGAGGUAGACAUAACCGAAGACAACGCAGUCAUCAGCCUCGCAAUUCCAUUAAAUAACUACCAGCCUGCAGAACUACCGAAAGAAGCUACCGGAACGCUCCUCUUGCCGGACCCUGGCCAUACUGCACUUGUACAAUUUCCGGACGCUGUAGUUGUAGCGUCCCUUAUUCAGCCGGAGGAAGGUCCAGAAGCACAACUUGUCGUCGACUCUGGCGCCCCUGUUCUGCCAUUUCAGGAUUGUAUAUACUUCAAAUCAGAUGCCCAUGUGCGAUCUGUUGGACACGCCCUGGAACCAGCCGGACGAAAGAACCAAACCAGCAGCGCCAUCAUCUUCAUACAAGACUUCGGUAUUUUACAAAUCAGCGCAUAUACUGCUGAGUCAAAGGCUCUCUCCAAAGUCAGUGCUAGGACCAAAUUACAGCAGGCAACAUUCUUUAGCACUGUGCCUGGCACUAUCCUAGAUUUUGCUACCAAAGGUAGAUACUCUUUUAGCCAGGCUGAAGUGGAGACUGCUGCUAUCAAGAUCAGCACGUGUGUGUUGUCGUCGUCUUUCGAACAGCUUGAAGGAAACAGUCUGAUGUUGGAAGAUCAGCUGCGCAAACGAGCGCUCGCCCUCCAAACAUUAAAUUCGCAUCUACGGACCCAGUUUCCUGAUCUGUCUUUUUCGGGUAGGUGGCAGUUACUGUGGCAUGCUGAAAAGCUUGCGGCAGCCAUAAAUAUCUGGGAUUGGUAUCAAAAGCAGUUACGAAAACAAGAAACACAUCCUGACCUGUACCCCGAAAAGAACAUCAUGGUGGAUAUCGUCAAGGCACUGCACGAGAAGUUUAAGACACCGAUCGAUGAGAGCAAAGGCGAGAAGGAUCCAGUUCGGCAAUUUUUCCUCAAGGAUAUCGAUUCACUCGACAUAUUGCUACCUUGGACAUGGAACUACUUCAGACUAUUCUAUAUUGCCCCGGACCGCGCAAUUCCCCUCAAAUCGAUUAUGCAACGCUUACGCGAGGCCGACGAGGUCAUGCUGACUGCUUUCGAGACGGCGUUUAGCUUUCGAAAGGAGAACAUCGAGCAGUACGGGCUAGAGGCGGAGUCUCUGGAUAGCGACGGCAUCUUGCGACCAGGACAGGGCUAUGACAAGAUAGCCCAAAAUAUCUGGACGUCGACCCACAACCUCACGGCUUCGGUUCGGAGUAUCGUCGAUGCAGGUCGCAAAUACGCCGAUGAUUGCUACGAGAAACGCGAAGAGGAAGUCGCUGCACAGGAAGUCGCCCAGCACAACCCGCGCCUAGUGCGGAUAAGUUGCCAAAAUCACAUCGAACGUUUUCGAUGGGCGCUCGACCAGAGCGACGAGAAGAAACGAGCAUCGGGCAUUAGUCUACGAGAUGAGUGGAACACCAAUGUCCGACCGAAACAAAUCUACCACCUCGCCGGGAUUGGUUUGGCCACGGAAGGUAUGAACCUUGCCGAGCACUACCACGAUAUGUCGACGCUGGUCGAUCUUAUCUGGGAGGAGACACUGUACCUCGAGGAAGCCAAGGCCGAAGUCAACAGCAAGAUGAUCGAAACCGAGAUCAAUUUGAAGCUUCAACGGAUCAAGGACCGCGUGAGUUCUUGUUUCAAGCGUUACCACGACGCAUUCGCCAACGCAUACUUCUCCAAAUACAUUACCAUGGGACAGUCUGGUCUCUUGUUGAAGAAGGCGCGGGAGGAGGACGAAGAUUUCCAGAAGUCGUUGUCCACGUACCUGGGUGCUGAUCCUUCGCGCUCCAAGCUGAGCUGGAUCAACAACAUCUGUGGCGAGAAAUCCUACAGCAUGGCCGCAAAAGAUCUACAGGCUGCUACCCAGCAAGAACCUAAUAGCUGGUGCAACACAGUGGAGCUGUCCAUCGCGAAACUAUGCGCACUAGCACAGCAAGAAGGGGAUGCAAAAGAACUCGAAUCAGAACUGACAAGCGCAAACCAGCGCGCAAAAUUUGAAAAGCGCCUCCAGAAGGGGGAGAAGUUCUUGUACCAGGUUGAGAAUGACCUAGAGGUAGCGAGUAUCCAGACCCAGCUCUAUGAUUAUGUCCAACCUACCAUCGCCGAAGCAAUGGAUAAUGAAUCCGCUGUGCAGCUACUCAUGACUGAGUACGGACAAGGACGUCUCUCCGACCGGCCCUCUCUGCAACAUCUCCUUCAACAGGGUUUUGAACAACUAGUCCAACAUCAAGUACUAGAGCCUUGCCUGUUCAUCGACGUGCUCACUCUGAUGGUAUAUCACGAUGCAACGGAACCGGAUGGCGAGGCUUGGAAUCCCUUCGCGCUGGCUCUGAGGUUUCUGGCCAUGAACAAGAUCCAGCGGACAGUUGGCAAAGGCCUCCCUGGUCUUAUUUGGAAGAGGGCAUUGCUACAAGACGACUGGGUAGAGAUUGAUCGGACCCAGAACCUUUCAGGCGAGGGAAUGAAUGAAUAUUUGAGCCAGACCAUUGCGGGAUCAACAGUCAGGACAUUGACUGAGUGGAUACUACUAGGUGAUGCAGAGCAAUUCAAGAAUGUUCGACCUCGACGAGUCCGCGACAUGUUUGGAUCAGGUUGCACUGACGGCGAGUUCUGUAUGCGAUUCCCGGAGGACGACCUACGCAAGCCUAUCAUCCAGGAUAACCUAUCGGACGAGGCCAUCCUCCAGGAACUGGUUGAGAAGAGCCGCUUAGAAGAAUGGUUCGAUCGAACUGUAGCGGCAGGAACAUCUAUCGCGCAUGCAGAAUACCAAGAUAGUGAGGGCGAUCCGAUCGGCCAGGAACCGACCGGAGCUGAGCCGACAGCCGAGCGCGUGGAGCCGGUAGCCGGAGCGUUGGCCGCUGCAGAGCAACAUGACGGCGACAUGGAUCAGGACGUGGAGAUGCAGGGUUCGUAG